AUGUUCAGACAAACCUUGCGCCAGGUCGCCAGACAAUCCACCAACGUGGUCAGAAGAACAUACGCCACAGAAGCUUCUGGCUCCGACGCCUUGAAGUUGUCCUUGGCUCUUCCUCACCAAACCUUGUACUCGGAGUCCGAGGUGCAACAGGUGAACUUGCCUUCUGUCAACGGUGACUUGGGUAUUUUGGCCAACCACAUUCCAAUUGUCGAGCAGUUGAGACCAGGCUUGUUGGAGAUCAUCUCCAAGGGUGGCGAAACCGAACAGUACUUUGUUUCUGGUGGUAUUGCUACUGUGCAACCAGGCAACAAGUUGACCAUUUCUGCCAUUGAGGCCUUCAAGCCAGAGCAAUUCGAUGCUCAAGAGAUCAAGUCUUUGAUUGCCGACGCCCAAAAGAGAGCUUCUUCCUCCGACGAGGUUGUUGUUGCCGAGGCCAACAUUGAGUUGGAAGUUUUGGAGGCUUUGCAACACAUUGCUAAGUAA